UGAAGCCACAUUGUUGAGAGAAAAUGUACUUUGCUCAGUAAUUUUUCAAGAAUUUUGUAAAAACCUGUGUUUUUAAUACUAAUAUUAAUUCUUGUAUCAGCACUGGAGUUGUUUCUCUUUUUCUAGAGAAAUAUUCAAUAAACAACAGUUGUUUAAGUAACAAAAAGACGAUUGAAAUAUUUCAAAGUCAACUAAAUCAUUCAUGAGGUAGGAAAGCUUAACGUCAUCCUCAUAAAAGUAGUCUACGGCAUUCAGAGAUAAAGUUAGUUAUGUCGUUGAUGAUAACUUUAAAUCAGAGUGGGCCAAGGAUAAUGUCUAGCAGGACCUCUGUUUGAUUUGGAAAAGGUUUUGAACAUGGUGCUGCAAUAUGUACAGAAAUAUUGAUGUUCAAAAAAUAGCUGAAGCGUCAUUCAAUGCAUACCAUGAUUCUAGUUCCUUGGACAUAAACGUAAUGAUAAUUCGAGUUCAUAUAUUUAUCUCAUUAAGUACAUAUCAAUAAUCAGCUCAAGCUGAGCUUCAGGUUGGCCUGCUUUAUUCAAAUAUCCUAACGUACCAGACUUAACUUUACGAUGCAACUCAGAUAAGCAACCCUCCAGAGUGAUUACAGUACUGCAUUAACCCCAAUUGACGUGCAAAACGAGAGUGCAAUCGCACAUAAUCUUAUCAGCAAAAAUUAGAAAGAAUAAAAACCAAAAAAACACUAAACCUGCAACAGCCGUCGUGUUUAAACCAUACCGAACAAUCCCAUUCCACGCUAGUUGCAUAGCAAAAGUCAUCCAAACCCAAUCAAUACCCCUCCCGGAACAAUGCGUGCGUUGUGGCGAGUGAUUGCGCUUAGCGUGUGCCUCCUGCUGCCUGCCGUGAUACAGGGAGCAAGUAUAUCAAGCCCGGAAGAUAUCGAUUGGUCCAGCGUACGUUCUAUACGAGAGAGGCCGGGCUAUCGUGGUGCCGUUUCAAGCCUUUCGGAGGAGCCCAACCGUUCGCAGCGCAUCUUGAACGGUGUGACGGUAGCGCGCGGAGAUAUUCCUUAUGCGGCCGCUAUUCUAAUUAGUGAGGAAUUUGCCACCUACUUCUGUGGCGGUGUGCUGGUUUCUGAGUUGUUCGUGCUAACGGCUGCAUCAUGUGUUGAGGGUGAUCGUGAUCUUUCCAUUACGGUGCUACUCGAUGCUGCCCAAAUCAACACCGCUGGGGAGUUCAUCGCGGUAUCGGAGAUCAUUGUACACCCGGCCCCGUCCGACAACGACAUUGCUCUACUUCGGCUAAACCGUGCCGUGAGACUUAAUGACAAUAUCCGCCCUGUGACACUGCCCAACCGCCGGCAGCGUACGAUGACGUUCGUCAACCAGCUGGCAUCGAUCUCGGGCUGGGGUCGUACCGCUUCCAACACAAACGAGGCACUACCUCUCAACAAUCUGCGCCUGGUGCGCAAUCACGUCAUGAGCAACUUCAACUGUGGCGUCUCGUUCCCGUUCACCAUUACCGAUCAACAUAUCUGCAUCACGGGCGACAGUGGCAGUGCCUGUGCGGGUGACGAAGGUGGUCCACUGACCACGGUUGACGUCGUAACGGGACGUACGUUCCUGAUCGGGCUGUACUCGUUCACCUCAUUCCUGGGGUGCGGCAUGGGACGCCCAACCGUACACACGCGCAUUACGGAGUAUCUGGAUUGGAUUGAAGCGAACUCCGACGUGGUGAUACUGGACAACUGGGACACGGUAGCAUAAGCAUAGGCAAGGACGGUAGAUCAAAUAAAAUUUAUUCGCAAACGCAAACACAUUUUGUAUUUCU